AUUGUUGUUAAAAUUUAAUGUAGCCCUUAACAUGGAAUUUAUUUACUGAAUAUGAGAAGACAGAUGUUCAAAUAUUUUCAGUUUAUAAAUCUAGCUAUCGACAAAAGAAGAAUAUUCUUUUGAUAGCACUAAUUUAUUUUUACAGAAUUUUAUUAAUAAUUUAAGAAAAGGCAAAAUAGUAAAUAUGGGGCUUUUUCAAUCAAAAGAAUCAGAUGAUGAGUUUUCACUAGAUUUUCCAAAAAAAUUUUUAAGCAAGAUUGUAAUUUUCUCUGAAUCGAACGAAGAUUGCAAAAAAGUUAAACAUGUAAAAAGUUCUAUAUCUUACAUUACAUUAAAAACUUACCAUCAACAGAAACAGAGAAAUGUGGAAGAGUUCGCAGCACAUGUGAAAUUUUAUGUUUUGUUUAAUGAUAGAAAACCAGAGAAAAUGCAGCAAACAAUAUAUUCGAAGAAAGUGCAUAUGUUCAAAACUAGUAGCCAAUCAGAUGUAGGAGUAAAUGAAAAAACAGUAAAUAAUCAUUGGAUAAAUGUUUCCCGUUCUUAUGAUUCUAAAACAGAGGAAGAAACCGAAAUUUCAGAAGAUGAAAGUAAUUAUAAUUCAAGAACGUACAGAGUCUAUCGAAAGCAAUAUCAAAAACCUGUUUUGGAAAGAAAGCCAAAUGAAUUAAAUUAUCCUUUAAUAAUUUACAAAAAGUCCGCUUCAAGAAUGUGUGAAUCUCGUGAAGAUUCUCCAGCUUCAAAAAGAAAGACUCCAAAGAAACAAAUCACAGCUUUCUCAAGUUUUGAAUCUGUUGCUUAUGAUAAUGGUAAAUUUCAUAAUAUUGGAAGUGAAGGUCGAACAUUAUGCGAUUCUGGAACUGAAGUGACUGAGAGUGCUGUUGAGAGUGAUAGACCCAUUUGGUUCGAAGGAACAUUUAAAAACAUAAGUCAGAAGAAAAAUAAUAACAAUAAAAAGGCAUAAAAUUAUGAAACAUAACAUGUCGUCAAUAAACAAAUCUAAAAGAUAAAUAAAAUCAUUUAUUUUAUGUAUUUUCAUUUUUACUCUUUAUACAUUAUAGAUUUACUUUGAAUAAU